CACGCUAUAGAUCGCCAUGGCCAACACCCCUUGUGGUCGGCACCUCCCACCAGGGCCUUCUCCGUCUCCGCCGACGGCCAUCUCUGAAGACGACUGCACGACACUCUCUACUCCUCCUGCAAAUAGUGGAACAGAGGCUUCGACGGCUGGUGCAUCCUGCCAACAAGGCGAUCUCCCAGAGGAUAUUAUACAUUGUAUACACUCCCUCUUGACAGUAAAAGACGCUGCUCGUGCUGCCUGCGUGUGUCGUGGAUUUCUACGUUCCUGGAGAUGCUAUUCCAACCUUGUACUCAACCAACAUACACUUGGAUUGGCUGAUAAGACAUUGAAAGAACAAGAAGCCUGUAUCAUAAAAAAAGUAGACCAGAUUCUUGAAAACCAUCACAACAAUGGGAUUAAGGUGGAGACACUUAAACUUACACUUAUACUUCCCACUUAUGGCAGCAUCAAAGCCUCCGUCGUCGACAGGUGGCUCCAGAUCACCGUCAAGACUGGGAUCAAAGAACUUGACUUGUCAAUACUUCUACAGAAGGAAGAAUACAUCUUCCCGUGUGCCCUCUUGUCUGAUGAGGCAGCUGCAACUUCAAUCCAAUCUCUCCACCUCUCCGGCUGCGCUUUUCAUCCCACCUCAUCAAUUGGCAUCUUGAGAAGAUUGACAUGUUUACAUUUGUCUGUUAUCCGCGUUACAGAAAAAGAAUUAGGGCUCUUGCUCUCAAAAUCUUCGGUCCUAGAGAAGUUGGACAUCUCCUUUUGUUGGGGGUUAACUUGCUUGCGAAUAGCUUGGACGUUGCACCAGCUCAAAUACCUUAGUUUGAUACAAUGCAUAGGGCUGCAGUCAGUACAGGUCGAUGCACCAAAUCUCUGCUCCUUUCACUCUGAUAGCAUUGGGAUCCUGACAGAAAUUUCGGUGAGAAAUUCUUCUACUCAACUUCAGAAUAUAGAUUUGUCAAUGAUUCUUCUCUCUGAUGCUCGUACCAAGCUUCCAUCCAUCAUACGGAAUGUUGAGAGUCUUACCCUGCACUCACCCUAUGGAGAGAAAGUCAAUACUCCAAUUCCAAUGUUGCCCUCCAAGUUCCCCCACCUCAAGAACCUGGAAAUCAUACUCCAUAGAGCAGCAAUGCCCAUCCCUCCAAGCCGUGACAUCUUCUCUUUGGUUUCUUUUCUUGCUGCUUCUCCUGUCCUGGAAUUUUUCAUUUUGCAGAUAGAGGAGGGUGCUAGCAGACCUGAUCACGUUUCUGGAGACGACAACGAGUAUUCUAGACGAAAGCUAGAGUACCGGCAUGACCGCCUCAGGCAGGUGCUGAUCACAGGAUUCUAUCCAUCCAAUAGCUUGGUCGAGCUCAUGAUCCACAUCCUCGAGAGCGCGGCUUCCCUCGAAUGCCUAACGGUAGACACAAUCUACUUCUCCAAUAGAAGGUUGGGCACCAUUGGCAGAUGCCCCGCCUCAACAAAGGAUGGUCAGUGUUGGGCAAUGAGCAAGAAAAAUGUCGUGGGAGCUCAUAGAGCCGUGGAGGUUGCGAGUAGGUGCAUCGCGUGGAGAGUUCCAAAGCAUGUGCAGUUCAAGGUAGUAGAGCCCUGUAGUCGCUGCCAUAGCAUCGACCAGUAGAUACUGGUUACCAAUGUGGCUGGUUUCAGAUUUUGGGAGAAUUACGUCUAUAUUAACAUGUUUCAUGUUGUUAGUACUAGUUUGGGUUGGC